GUUCAGUCAAGCGAUCAGCUUUUGCCAAGGUGCCAUACGCAUAGAAGUUCUCCUGCAAGACCUUGAGGUUUUGAAUAAACGCCUAAUCUAAUCAACAUACUCCUCGUCGCGUUGUAACAUCAGUGCUGCAAUCUGUACCGUACGUUCGACCCAACCAGUGCUAUUAUGCUCGUUCACCGUGCGCGGAAAAAACACUUCAUGAAAGGAACUUAACGUACCGCUCUUCCCUUCCUCUUCGCUCUACGCACGCAGUGUGACGGUGGUUGUUGCGCGAAAAUUGUCCGUGCUGUGCGAGUAUUUCUUCGAGUGCAUUUAUGUAUGGCGGCGAAUCAUUUCGUGUUGCUGUGUGAAUAAAGUUCGCGUCCAUUCCGUUCGCAACACUGCUUGUCACGGUUACGGUCAGGCGGGGCAAAGCAAAAGUCUCCAUUUGCCCAGUUUCCAUCCUUUCACACAACCGUGAAACAGUUCUUCACGCACCAGGUCGUCGGUUCUUAUUCAAUCGAAAUUACACGCAAGAACCGCACUUGCGUUACGCGGAGCACAUAUCGGAUCGCAAGCAGCUAGAGUGAGACGGGGUGCAAGAGAUUGUGAAAACAGCUAAGCCAGAGCGAGAACGAAGGUGGUCGAGCAGGCGAGCCUACUGUAGCGGUAAAAAAAGGAAAAAAGGGUUCUGCCAUUUUUUUCGUAUCACACCACCGAAAAAAGCCUCCCAACUGUGGGGUACCGGAAAAAUUGCGACUUGAGCAAAACAUACGCACCAGGCACCAGGCAUAACAGAAGGUUGGUCUAGUAACGCAAGGAAAACGAAAAAGAGAAAAACGCACACAACACCAACCCGCAUCAAAAUGAUUCCCAAUAAAACGAACUGAUAUACGGCUGCUUGCAGCUCGUGCUUGGUGUUUGGAAGGUGGUGAAGAAGAAGGCGCUGCGUCGGGAGAAGAGCGGGUGUGUGUGUGUUUUGUUUUGAUCGUUCGCGGUCUGUUUUUUUCGGUUUUCUUCGUUUCGUUAUUCGUUCGCGGUGUCCAAAAUACCGGUGUGCGUGUUCCAGUUUGCUUCGAUCAUCCCUACUCUUCUUCUUGCGAGAAACCUGUACUCACAGGUUGCUGCUGUUGCUCUGUGUGCGUGCGUGCGUUUGUGUGUGUGGCUGUGUUACGUGUACGCCGUGUGUUGUUUUUGCCGGAACCGUGGUGACCGUGAAUAAGGGCUGCCCCCUCCCAAAAAAAAAAAAAAUAAAGUUGGUCCUCCACUGGCCGGAUUGUGCACCGGUGUUUGGCUCGACAUUUGUUUUCUGUUCGGGGAAGCAACCAAGGCAACAACAAAAAACAAGACGCCCGGCAUCCGAUACAUGGCUAGUUCUAUGAACAGCAGGAACCGCAUUCGUCGUCGACUGGCUGCGAUAUCCUUUCUGUCCAACAUCUCGCUGGACGGUACCCAUCGGGACACGAAGCUCGGUCCGCUGCACGGAGGCGGAGGCGUAGCGUCACUUGCCGGAAGAGCGGGAGGAACGGUUAGCCACACCAGUGCGGCACUAGCGCUGAACAACAAUGAUCUGGACGGUGUCGGCACGUGUAAUGACGAGUCGGGAGAGGAUGGGCUCGAUGCGCCUGGGACGGUCGCUGCCGGCAGGGAACGGGGCGGCUGGCAACCGGGCGGUGUGGCCGCGUGCGAGAGUGCUGCGGCCGGCUUGAGCGGGUCCAACCCGCCGGCCGCUGCCGAUGGGCAGCAGAGGGCACGGGCCAGAACUGGAACGUUUAGCAAAAGUCCCGAACGCUACGCCGGGAAACGGAUCGACAGCGAGGGCAACAUGGUGGUCAGCAAUGGCUCAUCGGCCAAAGGAACGCCGGCCAAAGAUCGCGAAAAUUGGAAUCCCAACGAUGGACGGCUGAACCAUACGGCGGAUAAGCGCUCGCGAGCGAACUCCGCCACGCAGCGUCCAACCGGUGCGAAACGGUCACUGCUGAUGAACACUAGCGCGGGUGCAAUCGUAACUGGUGGUGGUGCAUCCGGUAGUGGUGCUGGUGGUGCUAGUGGAAAUGGGUCGGAUGAAUCACAUCGUCCCGGUGCCGGAAUGGGUUGGCAUACGAACAGCAGCACGGAAAGUCUGAUCCAGGGACGGCCAAACCGAACCGUCAUCAUCAACGAGCAGGGAGGCGGUGGUGCAUAUCCGCGCGAGGUGCGCUACUACAACCAGAUGGACGUACGGCGCCACCCGACCGGUUUCCAGGAGGAUCGCAUUGUGCUGCUCGCAAAGAAGGCACCGUGCCACAUCUUCUCAGUGUUGCCGUACUGCAAGGGGAAAGCAUCGCGGUCCGAAAUGCGCCGUGAGCGCCGUCGCCAUCCGUCCGGUGCGCGUCCACUGUCGUCGAUUAAUGACGCACCGUUCGACGCGUUCCGUUUGCUCGGUAUCGAGCGGGGCGGUGAGGUGGGCCAGGAGGUAUCGUACGGAUACUUGCUUAUUCCGUCCCGGGCCUAUCACCGGGAGAAGAAGCACACGGAGAAGGCGAUUAAGAGUGCGUUUGAAAUAACGAAUUUCGCAUCGCUGGAGAACCAUGCCGCGGCACGGUACUACGAUACGUUGAAUCGGAACAGUGCGGCGAGUCCAUCGCAGGUGGUGGCCACAUCGGGAGGGGCCGGUGGGGCUGGCAGUGGACCAUCGUCGGGAUUGCUGGAUAUCUCGAAAGAGUAUGAAGAUGGAUACAAUUCCAUUUCUGGGAUACAAUACUCGGCCAACAUUCUGGACGAUCCGGAGCUGAUCGCGGGCAAACAUCGUACGCUGCUUACAUUCACCUCGUACGUGACAUCCGUCAUCGAUUAUGUGCGACCAUCCGAGCUGAAAAAGGAGCUGAACGAUCAGUUUCGCGAGAAGUUCCCCCAAAUUCAGCUUACGCUCAGCAAACUUCGAAGCAUUAAACGGGAGAUGAAACGCAUCAACAAGCUGGACAAUCGUAUCGACUUUCUAACCAUCUCGCAAGCGUACGUCUACUUCGAGAAGCUUAUCCUGUCCAAGCUGGUGAACAAGGAGAACCGGAAGUUGUGUGCCGGCGCUUGUCUGCUGCUGAGUGCCAAGCUGAACGACAUCAAGGGUGAAGCACUCAAGAGCUUAAUUGAGAAAACGGAAAGCGUCUUUCGUCUGAACCGUAAGGAACUGAUCGCUUCGGAGUUUGCUGUGCUGGUGGCACUGGAAUUUAGCCUGCACGUACCGACGCAGGAAAUUCAUCCGCACUAUCAACGGUUGAUGUACGAAUCCUAGGAAACGGGGAAACUGCUAGGGCGCAAAGAACGGGGAAACAAAGAGAUUAACCAUUUACUGAUGUGUCAUAUGCUGCAGGAGGCAUUUAUUGGGUGAUUUGUCUUUUCUUUUCCUAUCUAGAUUUUGCAUGCUACACUACUAGCACGACUUGUACAGGGAGGCAAACAACAAAAGGAUAAGCUAUUCUUUACAUCUUAUCCUGUUAUUGAGUAAGGCUGUUUAAAUACGAGUGUGUGUGAGUGGAAAUCGUGAAUUAUAAGGUUUACAAGCUUACUAUAACAGUUCACCACACUUACAUUAAUGCCAUUUAACGUACAGCAAUGAACAUACAGUGAAGGCGAAUAACAUUGCAGACAAUUUUUAAAUACCUUUUCCACACAGCAAAGCAAAAUCUAGUGUUAAUAAUUACAUGGUAGGUUAUAUGCAAUGAUAAGCAUUAGUUCGCCAUAUAGCAGAGACACAAUGUUUACAGUUUAACCUUAGCAGCGCAAGUUAAUCCUGCUCAACCAUCUCCCUUUGUCCUAGACGUUACCUUAACCAGAGAAUGAUGUACUUACGGAAGUGUGUUCUACCCGAUGUACUUUAUCUUGACUACAAUUUCGAUUGAGUCGUUUUGCUUUAUCAUUUAUCACGCGUACAUGCGGAUGCGUUUACCCCCCGACGUACUUUAGCUAGCACGGUUCGUUUUCUGUUUUACCUUUCGUGCUCACCCGUGAAAGGUACAGGUUAUGAUAAUCGAUAAGAAUGUAUUCUUUUUUGCUUCUUUUUAGUUUUAUUUUAUUUCCUACAUACCUUAAGAAGGGCUCCUGUUAAACUUAAGCACAUAACGUGUAGAUGCCACAGAAACAAAAAUAAUGGUGAUGGAAAUCGGUUUAUAAAACUGCUCUUACACAUAUACUAUAUAUAUAUUCGCUCAAGUACUUCAAGGAGUUGUUAUAUUUCGCGUUUUAUUUUAUUCACCUUUUUUGUAUUAGUUCGUUACACGUUUAGUUCGUCGUUAUGUUGCGUGUUUACGAAGUGCUUGUAGGAAGGGGUGUUUUUUUUUAAAUAAUUCAACCAAAAUCUUUUCAAGAUGUAACUUUAAUAAACGUGGUCACCAUUAAAGGACCGUUUAGGUGCA